AUGGCCGCGACUACAAAUGGCGAGCCUUCCGCAACGGCGGCUUCACUUGACAACAUCAAGCCGCCGCCUGGAGUUAUCAUCCCGCCACCGGGCGAGAUUCGCGAGGCGAUCGAGAAAACGGCCGGAUAUGUUAUGCGUGGUGGACUGGGGCUCGAACAGCGCAUUCGCGAAAACCAUGGCAAGAACCCGAAAUUCAGCUUCUUGAUGACCUCGAGCGACCCCUACAACGCGUACUACGAAUGGCGAAAAUCAGAAAUCAAGGCCGGACGCGGCACCGCCGUUGCCGCUGGUCGCGUCGGCGAGGCUGCCGCAGCCCCAGUCAAGGAAGAGCCAAGGGGCCCUCCCAAGCCGCCCGACUUCCAAUUCUCAGCCCGUAUGCCUCGUAUGAGCCAGAAAGACUUGGAAAUUGUGCGACUAACCGCCCUGUUCGUCGCAAUGAAUGGCCGCCCAUUCAUGACACAGCUCUCCCAGCGUGAGGCCAGCAACCCGCAGUUCCAGUUCCUGAUACCGAACCACACCUUCCAUAACUUCUUCCAGAGCAUGGUCGACCAGUACUCCAUCCUCUUGCGCGAAAGCGGUGUCAACGGACAAGGCAACCAGGCACAACAAGAACGCAUUGCCGAACUCAAGCUGAACGUUGACGACAAGUACCACGUGCUGGCGCGUGCCAAACAGAGGGCCGAGUAUGCGAUCUGGCAGGAGGCUGAAAAGGCGAAGAAGGAGGAGGAGGAGGAAAAGAAGAAAAUCGAGUUUGCUCGGAUCGACUGGAAUGACUUUGUGGUCGUUGAGACCAUUGUCUUUUCGGAAUCAGACGACCAGGCUAACUUGCCCCCUCCCACAACGCUCAACGACCUCCAGUAUGCUUCUCUAGAAGAGAAGAACAAAAUGUCGAUCAGCUCGAACCUGCGGAUCGAAGAGGCCUUCCCCUUCGAAGAUACCAACUACAACGCUUACCCCCGCAACAAUACGGACCAUUCGAGGCCAGAAGAGGAGGAUGCGGCGCAGAGAGCGCGGGCGGAACAAGAGGCUAGGGCACGAGUGCAACCAACCGGCGGACUGGCGCCCAUGAAGAUCAAGGAUAACUAUGUUCCUCGUGCAGCGCAGCGCGCGGCCAACAAGUUCGGUUCACAAAUGGCUUUGUGCCCCAACUGCAAACAGCAAAUUCCCCUUAACGAACUGGACGAGCAUAUGAGAAUUGAACUCCUUGAUCCACGGUGGAAGGAACAAAAGGCCAAGUCAGACGCGAGAUUUGCUACAACUAACCUCUCAACCGUGGACGUUGCCAACAAUCUCAAGCGACUGGCUAGCGCACGUACCGAUCUUUUCGAUGCAGUAACUGGCCAACCCGUAUCCGAGGAAGAACAAGCCCGAAGGAAGAAGGUGGCGAUGCACAGUUACGACGGAAAUCCCGAUGGCAGGAGUCAGGCACACAUCAACCAGCUGCAGACCUUCAACCUCGACGAGCAGAUCAAGGCCAUCCACCAAAAGUUUGCCGACAAGAAGUGA